CAGGUACAUCACGGCACUAUGAGCUUCGAAACGCGGAGCGCGUCUCACUGGCGUCUACAAUUCGUGGCAAACCGCGGUGAUGGCGGCCUAUCCAUCUGCCGUGGCCCUAUCCGAUGCGGACAACGACACCAUCUUCGACUGCCUCCUCACCCACCGAACCGACAUCGACUACGAGGCGAAGAAAGCCACGUUUGUCUGGUACACCGGAGGGUUCGGCGAUGUGCCCAAGCAAGAGAUUCCAUUCGUAGUGACACCUGGACCUACGCGUGGGACCAUAGAUAUGUUGGUAGGAGACGAUCCAGACGUGAAGGAGGGCAUAUUCUACUACUUUGACAACAACUGCGUCGUGAUGGACAUUGAAUAUCACGGACAUCAGUGUAUUCUUUGGACGCAGGUGCACCUGAUACACAAUGUGCCUGCGGUGUGCCGCGAACAGUUCGUCGACACCUGCGGAGUAGUCAUUAAUCCGCACCGAAGAGACCUUUGCUCCGAUGACUAGGAAGACUAGUUUAGCGCUCCGGAAAAAAAAAAAAAAAUACCCGCGCAUUCUGCAUGGUGCGGGUAAAUACGAGGUGAAACAAGGCGUUUAUAUAGUAGAGGCAAAAGCCACUUUGAUUCUCCAUAGAAUGUAAUAAACGUGCUUUAAGCAAUUUUCCGUCGAAGUUUUUUCGUUUAGUUAUCAAAGUUUCAUACAAUGCAUUUCAAGAAGAAAACGGAAGUAUACGGAAAAAAAAUUGCCGUUGUAGUUUUUCAGAACAACCAGAAGCCAUUUUAUAAUGCAGCAGGUUGCACGAAGCAAACGUCAAGCUUCUAAAUUGCAAUCAGUGGCGUGUGAAGAAACGCUAAUGUUAUAGGAAGCUCAUUUUCAUGGCGUAUAAAACAUUUUGCACGCCUUAGGUGGCAGACCUAGAAUAUGUGGCAGAGAGGGUGUGGCAAAAUGCAGAAGAAGAAGAGAGCACGGAGAGAAGACGGAGAACAGGAAAAAGAAACAAACAAUAAAUUAUUAUCUGAAA